AGAGACCAGAUGUCACCAACUUUCAAAAGUUUCGUGCUGAACGCAGCAUGGGAAAAAAUUAAGAGAGAUCCUCUAGUAUGGAGUGCUAGCUUCCUCUCCUCCUGGUUCCAAGAGACGAUGCACCCCUACUUGGUGGCUGUGAACACCAACAUCUUAGACUGCAUGACUCAAAUUCCGAUCACAUGUGAUGGCUUCAGGACAAUUGUCCAGGCCCUAGACAGUGUGUACCUUGAUAUGGAUAAUAGCACGAGGCAGUUGGUGACCGAUUGGAUUGGAAGAUUCCUUACUGUAUUCCGGUGCCAGAAAAGAUCAGCUAAAGAAUGGAUACAAAGCAACUGGAAGAGGUUUCAAAAUUAUGCUUCCUAUAAUGACUUGAUGCAGACCUGGAGUGGUUUUGAUGGGUUUGCCACUCUUGAUGUCCUUACAGCUUCCCAGCUGGCCCAACUGACUGUCACUCAUGGGGUCCUCUCCAACAUCACCCUAAUGGAACUUGUUGCCCAAGCCCUCAACAGUCAGAGUGUCCUCUAUAUAGAGGCCUUCCUGGAUACGUUGUCCACAUUGCCACUUGAUCUCUCACUUGACCACAAAGCUGUGUAUCUUGCCCUGGAGACCAUUCUGGCCAAGGUUAACAAGAGCUUCCCUGAUCUCUGCUCAUCCUCCUUGAAAGACCUGUUGCAGAUCAAACUUGUGCACCUGCUGCCCUUUGCUGAUGCUAGGAUAAUGAUGCUCUUUCCAACUCAGAUAGGCUGUAUGGACUUCCACAACAUCUACAAAGGUCUAAAUUCUGUAUAUUAUAAACUAGAUCCAGUGACCCAGCUUGCUGUCUUUCAUAAUCGUUUGAAUUUCCUUGAAGGGCAGCUUGCAAAGGAAGGAGUUGCAUGCACAUUCACAGCCUCAAACAGUAGAGAUUGGCUGCAUGAAAACUUUGGUCUUUCCAGUCGCUUGGCUGAUUACAGCAACUUUGUCCACCUGAAUCCAUCUUUUAAUGGAUUUGAAGUGCUGGAUUUGCUGACAGCAACCCAGGUUGGAACACUGGUGGCCUUGUCUGGCAUUCUGACUGAUAGCACGAGAGUGAGUGCAGAGAUGGAGGCAGCCGGCGUGAUGGACCUUUUCCAAAGUCGAAAUGUAUCUGAGCUCCAGACUUUCCUCCUCAAAAUCAGUGCACUUGCAGAACAGAAUAACUUAGUGGAAAUAACCAACAUGAAAGUUCGAGCCAUCAUGCUAAAGGGAAUUUUCCAAAUCCUAAAACCACAUUUUUUCUUCAUGAGGACAACGGAUUUGGAGCUUUGGUUCAGUAGGGUUCUGACAUUGUACCUGCCCUCCAUCACUGCUCAGGAGUUGACGAUUCUUCCUUCCCUGUCCAACUGCACCCACUUGUAUGUUAUUGUGAAAGGAUUGGAUUAUGUCUUUGACCUAAUGUUGCUGGAGACCAAAACUGAAGUGGCCCAAUGGAUCACAAAAACUCUUCAGAAAAUAGGCUUGGCCUGUGGACACCCAACCCAGAGCUUUCGGGACUGGCUACAAAUCAACCUUGGGAACUUCAGCCGAUAUGCUGACUACCAGGACUUGCUGGGCUGGAACCUGCAUUUUGAUAGAAUUGCUGUCUUAGAGUAUUUGUCUCCAUCACAACUUGCAUCAUUCACUCUGGAAUCUGGAGCCAUCAGCAACAAGGAGCACAUGUGUCAGAUCCUUACAAAAUUGCAGAACAAACUACUAGCAGACAUUUAUGAAUAUUUGGAUCAAUUCAACACAGUGGCCCAAAAGCUUGGAAUAACAUCCCUGAAAGAUGAAGGCAUACAAAAGAAAAUGCUUUUGCAGUUUCUUGAGGGGGCUGAAACUACAUUCUCGCAGUUUUCUCCAGGAAACUGGACUCAUCUGCUGUCAACAAGACUGGCAUUCUUUCUGCCAAGCACCAGCGGAAAGGAAUCUCAACAGAUCUUGUCUUAUGUUUCAAGUUGUGACAGUUUCAGAGCUGUGGUACCCUCCCUCAGCCAGGUUUAUCCUUUUAUACCACUGGCCAACCGAAAAGGCAUCUACAGUACUUUGUUUGCCUUCCUUGACACCCAGCACAAGAUCACAGGAUUUGUGUGUUCCUCUCACACCAGGAGUGUAGAGUCCUGGCUGCAGGACCAUCUUGGGCCAUUUGCCAAGCAAGCUCCUUAUGAAGAUUUCACCAAGCUGCUGGCCAGCUUCAGUGCGUUUGAGAUCAAGGAUAAUCUUACUUCCACCCAACUUGCUCACGUCUUUUUUGGCUCUAACAUCCUGGAUGAUCCUGAUAUGGUUCGUGCACUUCUGAUGCCUUUAGAGAACAGGCCUCUGGAAGAAACUGUUGCUUUUGUGACAGAGUUUGCCCUCAUUGCAUCACAGAGGGGGGUGAUGUUCCUGGAAAACACAGAUGUGAUGUUCAUGAUGCUUGAAGCCUUUUUUUACAAGAUGCAAGAUCUGCUCCCCAGCGCCUCUGUCUCCCAGUACAAAGACUGGUUCCAGAAUAAGCUGACGUUGUGGCUGCCCAGUAUCAAUGCCUCCACCCUCGCAAUGAUCCCCAAAAGUGUCCCUUGUGGCUCUUUCAAAACUAUAAUGGCUGGCUUGGAUGGGAGUUUUCCACAGAUGUUGCCAGAAAACUGCCAAGAUGUUUACAAGUUUGUCAAAGACUAUUUGACUUCCAAGAUUUCUCAAGGGGGUGAUCCUUGCAUUGAAAAUACCCGGGGCAGCUUGGACUGGUUAAAUGCCAAUUUUAAGCGCUUCAGCAAAUUAGCCACUUAUCAAGACUUGGUUGGCCUGAAUCCAGAUUUCAAUGCACUGGAUGCAGUGGCAGGUCUCUCACCCUCGCAACUAGCCAACUACAUGCUAGCAAGUGGCAUCUGGCGUGACACAGACAAAGCCCGGAAGGUCUUCGGGGCUCUUGAUUCACAGGACACUGCAGAGUUUAUGGAUGUUUUCAAUGCUGCUGCCAAACAGCAUCAUCUGUCUCAGCUGCCCCACUUGGAGACAAGGCGGUUCAUCCUGGGUGAGAUCUUCUGUCACUUGAGUGGCCUCCUCCACCUCUUCACCGCAGCAGACUAUGAUGUAUGGUUUGGGCAACGGCUCCACCUUUUCCUGAGUAGCCUGGAUGCUCAGAAUCUUGGCUUCCUACCUAGUGAUCUGACCUGUGAUUCCCUUGCAGCCAUAGUGAACACUUUAAAGGACCACCAUGGCAACAGCACAUUUGAAAAUCCUGAAGAUAUAUUUUAUUUUAUAAAGCGGGUUCUCCAUUUCCAAGUACAAAAUUCAGGCUCUGCCUGUACUCAAGAUAUCUCCACAGACAGACAGUGGUUGGCAAGAUUUUUUGGACCCUUCACCAUUUAUGGCUCAUACUUGGACUUCACUGCACUGAAAAGCAACUUCCGUGGGUCAGAUUCCUUGGACCUGUUCUCAGCAAGAGCCUUGGCUGAGCUGUCAGUUCAAAGCCAUACCAUUUACACCACUUCAGCCAUGAAACACAUCUUCCAGACCAUCAGGAAGAAAGCAGAUGCAGACCAGUUCCUUGGCACUUAUUUGGAUGAGUUCAAUCCCUUUGUGAUGAAGAAUCAUGAUUUGCUGAGCAACACCAAUAUCAGGGAUGCUCUGCUGAUGUUAUCAGCAGAGAUCAACUUUCCCCGAAUGUCGGCUCUUUCCUUGAAAGAUGUGGGUGGAUGGCUGCAGAGACUUGACUUCUUGCUGCCAGGUAUCAAUGGAACCAUGCUGGAACUGCUGCCACUGGAUAUGUCCUGUCCAUAUUACCAAACAAUUGUGAAAGCUCUAGACUGUGUUUACUCAACAUUGUCAGCCAGGAAGAGGCAGGAUGUCUAUGGAUUUCAGAAGACUUACUUGACUGCCCAGUUUGCUGACUCAGGGGCAGCAUGUGAUGGAGGGAAGAUUGGGAUCCAAGAUUUGCUGUUGAAGAAUUUUGGAAAGUUUUGCUCAGUGGCUAAACUAAGUGAACUUCAGGCUUUUUACCCAGAACUCAAUGGAUUUGAAGGCCAUCACUGCUCUUCAUCCUAGUCUGACCAAACAGCAGGAAGAACUUGUCAGCCAUCUUUGCUGUCCUGGAAGUCAUCAUCCUAAUAUUAAAGCAGCAACUCAAAUCCUUACAAGGGUGACAAAGUACAGCUAUCAAGAUGAAACACACAGCAAGCACAGACACAGGACAACUCUUCCCCAUCAGACUGCCAAAUCACACGUCCUAGGAGAUAUUACUAACCAAAAUCUUGAAAGUGACCCAGAUAAUAAGCUCAGAAGCAGUGGAAUGGACAUGACAGGACAUGCCACAAUUCAUUAUCUUACAAACAACACCAGUGGCUUCCUUGAAGAUGCUGCAAACAAACUAAUUUCUACCCCUGGAGGUGCCACAAAGGACAUUUUGCUAACUAUCACAUCUCAUAUCUCUGAAAAUCCCAGGUUUCCCAAUCCCAAAAGUGCCAGAACUAAUGUCCCUAGAGAUGCCAC